CCUUCCUUUACGAUAAUUCAUGGAAAUAUACCACUAGUUGGCGCGAUAUUUUGAGGAGUUAGGAAGGAAAUUCAAAUUUUAAGGCUGCAGGAGUUUCGGAGUUUGUAGUUCGCUGAUUGGUCAGGGCUCAGCUCGUCGGAUAAAAAGGGGCGGAUCCUCAAACGUCAUAUUACUGAGAGGGAGCGCAAGUCCCCAACUCCUCCACCGCGGUCAGCUGUUGCCUUUUUCACCUCAGCAGGGCGCUUCCGUGUUGUUUCCUUCUCUUUCUGCGGGAUACACUGUAACCUGUUAGGUGACCGGCAGCGAUCCAACAAACUUUCACAGUCCACUUUACGGAAGGACAUUUGAUUAUACAAAUGCUCUUUUACAAACUGCGUUAGUAACUUUGAUUUAGUUGGAGUGAGUUUAGCCAUGGCAGACGCCGACGGCCGGGAUUGCGCGGAGGAACAGGGCGCAGCGGGGGGCGAAGAUGUCAUCGAUGACCCCAUCAUGGAGCAGGGGGCUCUGGUUCUGAGAGGGUACGUGAUGCACCGUAUCGGCGCCGUUGACCCGGCCAUGCAGGUCUCCUCUGAGGACCUGGGUGGGGCCCGCAACGAGCAGCAAGACCCUCAGAUCAAGGCGGUGGUGGAGCAGCUGCUGCAGAUCGCAGACAACCUGAACCAGAACGCCGAGCUCCAGAGCCUGAUCAGCCAGGUCCAGGGGAACUGUGUCCAGGACGUCUUCAUGAAGGUGGCUAAGAGCAUCUUCAAUGACGGCAUCACCUGGGGACGUGUGGUGGCCCUCUUCCACCUGGCCUACAAACUCAUCUACAAGGCGCUGACCAUGAACCACAUGGAGAACAUCCGGAUCAUCAUCAGCUGGGUGCUGCAGUUCAUCAGGGAGCAGCUGCACACCUGGAUCGCUCAGCAGGGGGGCUGGGAGGGCGUGGUCAGGGGUAUCUCCCGCUGGCGGACGGUGACGGCGCUGGCCUCCGUGGUGCUGGUGGUGGCCUUCGUCUACUACAGGAAGUCGCGCUAACGAGCCCGGAGGCACUUCCUGUGGAGGGAAGCUCAGUCAUCCUCCACACACUACUCCCUCUGCCGAGGCCCAGAGCCGUGUCCCGCCGUAGCACUCCUUCCCGUCGCGUCUCAGGGGUCCAAGGACUAAAACAUGUAAUAGAUAAAUCAGGAAGGUGUGAAGCGUGCUCUGUUGUGGAGCAGGUGGAUGGAAAUCGGAGCUGGAUGAUGAGGAAUGUGCUUUUUUUUUUAUUCUGCUUUACUGGCUGGGGGGGAAACUUUACCAACCAAGUUUGUUUUUAUCGUUAUUUUGUUCAUGUUGUGGAUUCCCGCUUGUCAGCGGAAAAUGAUCUCUGCUCAACAGGUGACCUUAUGUUUAUUUUUUUUAAGGAUUUAAGGUUGGGGUUUUUAAUUGCAGGGGAUUUGCCCUCAUCGUAAAAAAGCCUGUUGAGACUGUAAUGGUUAUCUGAGGGCAAAAGGGAAAUAAAAAAUGAAAUUGCAAAUACGAAUUUACACUUUCAAUAAUUGUUCUGUAAGAUGGAUGACCAAGUGUUCUAUGAAUCAAUAUUUUGUAUGGGAAGAUGUGCCAUCUAUCAAUAUAUCUUUAUAAUCCAAAUGAGUCUUCUUUUCUUUGAUGUGGCGCUCACUCUUGUCCAGCUGGUGUUCUACAUAAUGGGUUCCAAAUCACCAUUAUUUUCCAUGUGUGGUUGGAGCGCCUAAAUCCUCCUCCUCUAUUUAUGGCCCCUUUGCUGUGGCCUUCUCCUAAUUGCAGAUGUGCCGUUCAGCCACUAGAUGUUCCUCGUACCCUUUGAUUAAGAAAGGAUGACCAUUUCGUGAUGUGGUGAGCUCCCGCUGGAAUCAGGCAACGAUGUGUACAAACUCGGAGUCAAAUCGAAAUCAUGACAGUAUAACGUAUUUCUGCUGUGGUUGCGCUGAAUAAACAGUCCCACAACAACUGUCAAACCGUUCUGAAGUCAGGCUUGUUAAAAAGCUGUAUUCGUAGUUAAGCUACGUUUUAAUCGGUAGUGUAGAUGAGUGCACUUUAAGUUUAACUCUUGUUGCAUACUUAUGAUGCUGUAUAUUGGUUUUAUUUAAGCCAUGAUUGUGUUUUGAUGUACCAGAGAGUAGGUACUUCUCAAAGGGUGUCUGCCACCUGGAAAGAGAGGUUAAUGGACCUGAGAGUGAGUGUGUGGGCGGAGGGGCUGUCCGGUUCUCUGAUGUUAACUCAGCUGCAGGACAUCUGAUCCAUACCCUGUGUCCCCCAUUCUAACGUCAUCAGUUCUAACACCUUCGCUGCUAAACGCCCCCUUAAACUCU